GGGAAGCUGGGCUGAAAGUGGACGUCUGCGGGGAGAAAUAAGUAACUGUUCACCUGGAAACUGCGCGAGGAGCCGUGGGUGGUCCCCCCGGCCCCCACUCUUCUGGAAACCCGCCUGUCACGGCCUCCAAAUAAUGCAUCUUAGAAGUCAAUGAAAGGAAAACCUGCCCUGUCGGUGCCGGAGCCGGACGAGGUGCGCUGAGCCCGGGUCGCAAAGGUGGAGCGGAGAGGCGUGUAGAAACAACAAAAGACAGAAACCGCAGGUGUGUCGGAUGAAAGCACAGGAGCCGCUGACGCUCGGAUAAUAGGGUUUUGUCAUGGAGUGGCGCGAGCAGUCCGCUGUCAGCUGCGACGACGCCUACGCGGAGGCGCAGAGAUGGAUUGAGGCUGUAACCAAGCAAAAAUUUGGGAGCAACGACUUCCGAUCGGAGCUGGAGAAUGGCGUGCUGUUGUGCGAUCUGAUCAACAGAAUCAAGCCUGGAAUUAUCAAGAGGAUUAACAGGCUGCCCACACCCAUUGCUGGACUGGACAACCUCAACGUCUUUCUCAAGGCCUGCGGGAAGCUGGGACUGAGGGAGGCGCAGCUCUUUCACCCGGGAGAUCUCCAGGACUUAUCCACACGAGUCACAGUCAAGCACCAAGAGACCAACAGGAGGCUGAAAAAUGUGUUGAUCACCAUUUUCUGGCUGGGAAGGAGAGCUUACUCUGAUCCUCUUUAUCAUGGAGCUUACCUGAAUUUCAAGGCAUUUGAGGGAUUACUGGGCACAGCACUAUACAAGGCUCUGCAGGAAACGGCCGGUCAGAAAGGCAGCAGCAUCCGAGACAGCGGCUUCGGCGAUAGCUGGUGCGAGGAGCGCGAGGAGCUCUAUCCGCUGAGAGGACGCAGAGGAGGAGGAGGAGGAGGAGGAGAAGGAGGAGGCGGACACAGGAGAGACGACUCCCUGGACAGUUUGGACUCGCUGGGCUCCCGACCACACAGCGUUUCAUCUGACGCCACCCUUAAAGGCAGCAGCGAGGGUUGCUGCAGUGACGCCGAGACAGACUCCGACUUCAGGAUGGCUGAGAACAAGGACCAAAUCAGCUACCGCCGCUCGGUGGUCAUCACGCCCAAGACCACCACCCAGUUCAACCAGUUUCUGCCCACUAAAGACAAAUCCUCGGGCUACGUGCCGGCGCCGCUGAGGAAGAAGCGGGCGGAGCGCAGCGAGGACAGCGUGGCUGCCCGGCGGAGCUGGGCCAACCCUUCGUACUCGGAGGAGGAGAGCCCCCUGACCAGACAGCAACAAGAGCCGGAGGCUUUGGACGGGAGUAAAUCCACCAGCGACAUCCUGGCGGAACCCGCCGUCGCGCGCCAGGUUCGCUACGAGGAGCUGCAGAAGUUUCGUGAACAUGUAAAGCAGAGUGAGGACAAGUGGCAGGAUGACCUGAGCAAGUGGAAGAGCCGCCGCCGAAGCGUCAACUCUGACAUAGUGAAAAAGAAGGAGGAGCGCGAGACCAUCGAGCAGAUCACGUACGGCAGCAGGCGAAGGUCCAAGACCUUCAAGGAGAUGCAGGAGGAAAGGGAAAACAAAGGCGUCAGCCAUCGCCUCGGGUCCCUCUCUUACCUGGACGACGAAGACGUAUUCGCCGGACCUGUCGUCUCCCCUCGGAGUCGAACCCUCCCCCCGAGGAGCCACACGAUUGACACUUCCUACUUCUCCCCUGAUUCAACGGUCUCCUCCGAGCCUCCGUCGCGGCAGCCUGAACCCCGCGCUGCCUCGUCUCCUCCCACUUCACGGGCGCCAAACGCCGCGGCCGACCCCACUCCCGCCAUCGCCCCCAGAAGCCACGCCCCCCUCCGCAGCGCCGCGUCCCCGGCAGCACCGCCUUCCCAGCAAGGUCCGGUCCCAGCACGCAGCACGAACAAGACGACCGAGACCCCAUCCCCCGUCUCCCCCGUCUCCCCCUCCAGCUCCCUCCAACAGGUGCCAGAGCCCAAGCAGCCGCUUGUGACCCCGCCCUCGAGUUCUCUGAACAAACAGCGGCCGCAGCUCAACUCGGUGGAGCCAGAGUCCGCCGCUGCACCUUUACAGAAGACCCCGGUCCCAGAACCCAGCGGCGCCGCCAAGAAGGAGGAGGCCGCCCCCGCCGUGUCCUCCUCCAGCCCCCCACAGAAGGUGCCCGCUCUGAGGCGCCCCCUGUUGGUCCCACAGGCCAACGUGGACGCCCCCUCCUCCGGAGCGCUGUACAAACAACAGCCACAACCCAGCUCCAUGGAACCCAAGCCUCCCGGGGUGUCUCGGGUUUCCGCCUCCCUCCCCAGGAGUUACCAGAGAUCGGAUAGUGCUCGUCUAACUUCAGUUGUGGCUCCGAGGCCCUUCGGGUCCCAGGCCUCACGUAUCAGCUCACUUCCCAGAGCCUCCACAAUGGACACCUCCAACAAGCGGGUCAACGGCGACGUGUCCAAAAAGUCAACUGUGCCGAGUCGCUAUCACCAGUUCAUGACCUCCGAGGACGAGGCCCAGUCCAGUUCGGCCCAGAGCAGCGAAGAGGAAGAGGAGGAGGAGGAGAAGGCGGCGAAGAGCGUCGCGCCCACGCAGAGCGUCGCGCCCGCCCCCGCGCCCACCAAGAGCGAGGCUCCACCCACUUCCAGUCCAGCCAAAGAAGCCGCGAAGGAGAGCUUCUGUGACAUGCGCAUCAACCUGAACCAGAAACCCAACAGCAGCAGAGACUUCGGCUUCCAGGCGAACUGGGACUCAACGGGCGCUCGCGUCACCUCCAUCCAGACAGGCAGCCCGGCCGAGAUGUGUCAGCUGCAGGCCGGAGACGAGGUGCUGACGGUGAACGGGCACCAGGUGGCAGGAAUGAGCUACACAGACUGGAAGGCCUGCAUGGGGGAGGCUCUGCAGGAGGGCAGCCUGGUCAUGGAUGUGCGGCGUCACGGCCAGAACACCUGGGACAGAGAUCCACCUUCCCUACCCUUUAAAAGACAUAAGACCAUCAAUCUGACCAGUACGGAUCACCCGGUGCUUCUAGGUCCAGACUCCAACCCUCCGACCAAAACCAGCUUGGAUUUCACCUCGCGGAUCCCCCCGGAGCCGAAAGAGCCCGCCGCCGCGGAUGACGCUUCAAGCAGAGUUAAUGGAAGCGUCGCCGAGGAGCCUGUGACCAUGAGGAACAAAGAGUCAGAACCCAUAUCUUUGAAAAACUUAAAACGGAGGUCAGAAUUUUUUGAACAAGGAGGAUCAGAGGCGGCGCUGCCAGACAUCCCCGUUCCUCCCAUCACACCCUCCUCCAGUCGCUGGUCCUGGGACCCAGAAGAGGAGCGCAGGCGUCAGGAAAAAUGGCAAAAAGAACAAGAGCGCCUCCUACAGGAGAAAUACAAGCGCGACCAGGAGAAGCUGCAGGAGGAGUGGCUCAAGGCUCAACAGGAGGUUGCAAAGAGCCAGCCCGGGAGCCUGGAGGUGAACAGCCACAGCGUCGGCCCACGCUCGCCCCUCUCUCCCACCAGCGAGCCCGCUUCCCGGCCGUGGGAGGAGGAGGAGAGGAAGAGGAGGGAGGAGCUGGAGCGCCAGCGGCAGGCGGAGGAGAGGAGGAAGCGGGAGGAGGAGGAGCGGCAGCUGCGGCUUCUGCAGGAGGAGAGGAAGAGGAAGGAGAAGCAGGAGGAGGAGGAGCGGAGGAGGAGGGAGGAGGAGGAGCUGAGGUGGCAGAGGAAGAAGGAGGAGGAGAGGGAGGAGGAGAGGAGGCGCCAGCGAGCCUUGGAGCAGCAGUGGGCUGCCGGCUCCUCUGGCUUUGACAGCGUCCAGCCUCCACUGUCCUCCACAGACAGGGCUAAAUCCAAGUCCUCCCCUCAGCUCGAUGAAGAGGACAAGCCUCAAAGGAAAGGCGCGCACGUGCAGCCGAGGGGCAUGGCCCAGUGGCUGCUGGAGGAGCAGCUGAGGAGCGCGCGCGACAAACAGGCCCGGGGUCAGAGGGCCACGUCCGAGCUGGAGAUGGAGAGGAGGAACAUCCUCAACGCCAUGAGAUACCGAGACCCGGAGAGAGCGACGGGAAACCAGCCUCUGUCGCAGGUGGAGCUGGAGCGGCAGCAGAUCCUGAACGAGAUGAAGAAGAAGACGCCGCUGCUGACGGACGCCAGCUGGAUCCGCCAGCGCUCGCCCGACGCGGGCGGGUCCCGGGAGGGCGACGCCCCGCCCAUGCGCAGGGGGGAGUCGCUCGACAACCUGGACACCUCCUACAGCUCCUGGCGCUCGUCGUGGACGCCCAAAGGCAACGCCUACGUCCAGAGCUCCAGCCGGCCCCACUCCGCCCUCUCGGGGGCCCGGCGGCCCGCCUCCUCCGCCCUGCCCUCCUCCUACUCCAUGGGCUCCCUCCGGGGGGGGGCGGGGAGCCCCUCGGGCCCCUCGGCGCCCUGGUCCCGGCAGACGCCGUCCCCGUCGCUGUCGUCCCCGUCACCCGUGGCUUCUCCGGAGCCCACGUCUGAGGCCUCCCAGCAGCGGAGCAGGUCAGUGAGUGGCAAGAAAAUCUGUACGUUCUGCGACGCCCCGCUGGGAAAAGGAGCCGCCAUGAUCAUCGAGUCCCUCGGGCUCUGUUAUCAUUUGACCUGUUUUAAGUGCAUCGACUGCAAGUCCGACCUGGGAGGCUCGGAAGCCGGCGCCGAAGUCCGAAUACGGAACAAGCAGCUUUACUGCAACACCUGCUACGUGCGAUUCAAAAGUGGCCAGCCAACAGUCAUGUGACGGGACGGCGCUGCAGCAGAUUGACGAGGAGACCACGUGCGACAACAACCCGUGAAUGGGAAACGCCGUCGGACUCGCUGACGAGAAGCGUGUUUGUGUUUGUAACAGGUGUGAUGGGGAGGGGGCGCUUGCAUAGAACGUAUCUACUGUGUUCAUAUGGUAUUAAGUAUUACAGCUGUACAAAGGGUUCUGCAUGCACCAGUGUUUUUCCAUGUUCUGUCCACCAAACUAGUCGAGCAGUAAAUGGUUUAUAAGAGGACAGAGGCAGAUUUGUGCCGAGAGCGUGUUCUUAUCGUGUCUGUGCGCCUUUUCAUCGGUAACAGGGAAGAAGUAGUUAAGAUUAACACGAUUCCUUCAAAAUGUAUUUAAGGACCAUCUGCUGGAACGUCGUCGCUGAUAGAUUGGACUGUACACCUUCAGUAAACAGGUUUUCUCAUUAGGAAUAUAUAUUGUACUGAACAGCAACCGGUAAUAAAACCAUUUGUAAAUAAAACGACUAAACGUUCA